CACAAACACAUUCCCACCCACAUGUAAACACACGCUUUUACAUCUAUAUACUGAAUCAUUUAAACGUAUAUCACUGUGUGUGUCUGUAUAUAUACUUAUAUAUAUCUGUGCGUAUCAGUGCUUCUGUGGGUGUAUGUGUGUGUAUUUCGACAUUCUCCUCCCGCUGCUUAUCGAACUUUAUUCUGUCAUUCUAUCACAAUUCUCCAACGGAGCAACUUAGUCUCAUUCUUCGAGAACACUUCGGAAACUCCAUAUCGGAUUCCUGACCAUAUAUUCAUAUAUUUCUACUCCACCCCCACUUAUUCUAAGCUUCUUCUCAAAUCAGAUUUUAUCCCAUAUUCACUGGAAUCUUACGGACAAUUCCAUCGGAACAUUUACAUUCUUCUUCUGCUUAUAUUCACAAUUAGGAGAGAAAGACAAAGUUUUUGGUUGCUAAUAAAUGCAAGGGAGAAAUUCCACCAGACUGAAGAGAAAUGCGGACAAACUUCUCUUUCUCAGGGUGUGGCUUCCUGGGAAUUUACCAUGUUGGAGUUGCCACUUGCAUCAAAGAACAUGCACCCGAAAUGUUUGAAGACUGCAGAAUUGCAGGAGCCAGUGCCGGUUGCUUUAUGGCUUGUUGUCUCCUUUCAGGAUGUUCCUUGGGUAAAUGUACCAGCUACACACUCAAUCUUGCCAAUGAAGCAAAUACGCUACCACUCCUCGGACCCUUACAUCCUCGCUUCAACAUUAUCAACUCCCUCAGGAAAGCCCUUGCUGAAGUCUUACCAGCUGAUGCCCACAAAAGAACUAGUGGACGUCUUUAUAUCUCUCUGACGCGAUGGAGAGAUUGGAAAAAUGUGAUUAUUUCAGAAUAUGCUUCAAAUCAAGAACUAAUUGAUGCAAUGAUUUGCAGUGCAUUCGUCCCAUUAUAUUGUGGCCUAAUACCACCUAAGUACAAAGGAAAUUACUACUGGGACGGAGGUCUGUCUGAUAAUCAACCAAUCUUUGAUGAGCCCACAAUCACAGUGUCACCAUUCUCUGGAGAAAUUGACAUCUGCCCAAUUGACAAUUCUGCAAACUUCAUCCAUUUGAAUGUAUGUAACAGCAGCCUGCAGUUCACAUCGGAGAAUCUCUCACGUAUAUCCAUAGCGCUGUUCCCACCUAAUGCUCAGAAACUCAGUGAUAUCUGCAAACAGGGUUAUGACGAUGCACUCCGUUAUUUACAGAACAAUGUUUUGGUAUUUAGUUUGCAGAGUGCUUCUUUAAAUGGAAAAUGGAAAAGUAAUUCUAAGCAGAAAUUAAAAGAAACAGCUAAAUUUUUUUUACAUAUUUAUUCUUUUAAUAUAUUUUCUUUUUUAUAUAAUUUUUUUUGUUUCUCGUUCCACAGGCUCGAAUAUCAUUGUGCCUUUACCGAGGACAACUUCCAGAUGAACCAAACCAAUACAGAAUCGCCAUCUUCUGCUAUUGAUAUUAAUCUGAUAAUGAACUGCGAAGGUUUUCCCAAAGAAGAAACCUUCCAAACUUCUACAGAGCUGUCUGGCGGCACUUAUGACACUGCGACAGUUUACAGAGAACAAGCAUCCAAAGACCCAGUAUCUGCACUGAACAGCAUGAGAAAUUGUAACCAAAUACAAGAUGGUGUUAGUGAUGCUGUGUUGGACCAAUUCAAACUCUGGCUGGAAGCAGCCAAUAAUAACGAUGCUACUAUAGCUUAUUAUUACCUUGAUAUGGAGUCAAACACGAUGAAGGUGGAACAGAUCUUCAAAAUACCUGACAAUACUAGUUGCAUACUGAAAAAUUCAAGUCUUGAGCAAAAGCCAGAUUGUCGUGUAACCAUGACUGAUGAAUAUGUACAAAGAAGGAAGUCGGCAAUACCUUAUUUGCAGGACUUUAGAGCACAAAGAUUGCAAAUUCCUGGUGUUUCAGGAAGUUGCCAAGUGAACAAUAGUUCUUCAAAUAUACCUGCAUUGCAAAGAUAUAAACGGAGAACCUCAUUGGAUUCAGGUAUCAUAACUAGAAAAUAUGCUUCCUUUAACGACCAAUCGAACAGGCAAUAUCAAAGACUACAACAUCAACCACAGCAAUAUCAACAAAGAGAAGACAUAGGAAGGGCAGAGGAACAACUACAGCAUCAAAGACAACCUGAGCAACUUGAGAAUCUAGGAGAAGAUGGAGCUACAGAUAGAUAUAAUUAUGAUUUCAAAGAAAUAGAAGUUGUAGAUUUAUAUAACACCAGUAUUGCCCAAGCCAAUUCACAGGACUGUAGUAUUACAAAUUCGAACUGUUCCAGUGAUACUCCCAAAAGGAAUAGUUGUCCUGAAAUACCUGAUAUUCACUCUAAAUAAAAUUAGAAAUUCUUUCGUUUCAUGGGAAAACUGUCAAUGCUGUUAAUGUUGAGAGAAUCACCAAAGGAAACCAUCUUAGUUUUGUUAUCUUCACUGUGAUAGGCAAACUGAAAGUUUUCAGUUGACCCUUUCGAUACCAACCUGGCUAAAACCAGCUCUGGCUCCGAGUACAAAUGUCUUGUUUUCAUAAGUUUUGAAUUAAAAAUCUUCCACCAAACCUUAGUUACAAUUUAUGUUCCUGACACUAGCUUAAUGAUAACUAAGUUACUUUACUAAAUUCUUUGUUAUAUUUAAAGUAAUUGAAACACAGAACAUCUCAAGAAACACAGAGCAUCUCACAGAAACACAGAGCAUCUCAAAAUAAAUACAGUAACGAAAGAGUUAAGGAUGUUUCAACAAAUUCAAUAGAGAAUUACUAUUUGUAAAUCUCACAACGAGAGAUAUUCAGCAACAGUACUUUGGAGUAAAGAUUAUUCCCUUGUUCGAAAAUAUAAGGACACAGAUUGUGUCGUAUAGCCAGCUAAAGACGAUGUCUCCUGGGGUUAAAUUACACCAACAUUCAUCCUAAACCAGGACUGGCAUGUUAUGUUGGCAAAUAACUUUUACUUCAAAUUCAAUAGAAUUAGGUUUUGAAAUGUGUUUGAUAUUUCGGGGUGUCACACCAAAGGAACUAUUCUCAAUUCACAAUUAAAGAGAAUAAUACUACGGGUAUAUAUUUCAUAAAAUUAACAUACUUCUGUUAUGUUAUCCUGAAACACUCUCAGAACUAUUCCUGCGACGGUUGUGAUUCUUUAAUCUUGGAGUCUCGGUAUUCUUCAGAUUCAAGAACAUUGAAAGCAUUGAGUAAUAAAAUAAACCAAAGAUUAUUUAGAGUGUGUUGUUGUGUGAACAUAGUUUAUUCUUUGAUUACAACCAGUAAAUUAUCUGCCAUAAUAACGACUUUAUUAUUUCUUUCGUAUUAAAUUAAUUUAUUUUUUCUUUCGUUUGAAUGUAAUUAAUAAUAAAAUUUGAUAAAAUACAA